CGGGAGCGAGCAGGGCCGCUGCGGCGACAGGGGAAGGAGCGUGCCUUGCCGGCUCCGCUGCCCCCGGUGCCAAACACGCCAGCGACUGGCACCUCCGGCUCCGGGGGGUGCCACGCACGCCUGGGCGCUUCCCCCGCCUGGCGGAACAAAAGGUGCCGCGCCUGUUCCUCCCCGGGCUCGUACCGCGGAGCGCCGGGCCCCGCCGGAACGCUUCCUGGGGCACCGGAAGCCGCGUCAGCGGGGACCGGUGGGCACCGGCGGGGCAGGGGCCUAGCGGCAGGCACAGCCUGGCACUCGCAGUAGCGGCAUCCUCCGUGCCACCCCGGGGCAGCCGCCUCGCCCCCAUCCCGGACACAGAGCCCUCAUCCUCCCCCUGCGUGCUGGGGCCUGGGGCGCGCGGAGCCCCCCUGCUCCGGAGCAGCAGCACCGGGAACGCGGGGAGUCAGGUCCACCGGCAGGCUGCUCGCCUGGCCCGGUCAGGGGCAGGGUCCCUGCCCCUGCCUUGCAGCAACCGGCCGUUCCUCAGCUGCGCGCAGCCUUUGUCCCGCGAAGAGGAGGCGACCCGCCUUGAGAAAACAAGUAUGUUUCCUCUCAUACAACGAUGCUGCUUCCACACACCUUUCAAACUCCAGAAGUUAACCAGUCCCAGACUACUACUGUAUGGAAAGAAUAAGACAACUUGGUCUUCUCUUGGCCUCCAGCUGCAGAGAGGUAUGUGUCCUCUCUCAAGACCUCCAAGCCUCAACCCAACAUCAGUAUAUGCAACCAAGAUCCAGGCUUUUCACACCUCUCUCCCCUUCUUCAAGAAGAAAACUCCCAAAGAAUCUGAGACCAAAGAUUUGGGCGUCUUCAAACGAAGUAUGGAAUCACUCAAGGAUUCUCCCAAGCCAGCCCUUUACUUGAGCCUCGCAGGGCUAAUUCCGUUUGUUUCUGUGCCACUGGUAAUGGCCACCCAAGGGACCUACUACCCCGAGCUGGUGUUUGCUCAGGUUAUGUAUGGUGCCGCAACAGUCUCUUUCAUAGGAGGAAUGAGGUGGGGGUUUGCUCUCCCAGAAAACAGCCCGGCCAAGCCAGACUGGAUGAACCUGGCUAACAGUACAGUUCCUGCAAUCUUUGCCUGUCAAGCCUUACUUCUUAAAGAUGUCACUGAAGGUGCAGUAAUGCUAAUAAUAGCCUUAGGGAUAGCACUACAUUAUGACGUUUCCCUUCUUCCCCCUUAUCCUAGGUGGUUCAAAGUACUGAGGGUAGUGGGAACAGUGGUGAUGGUAUUAUCACUGUUAGCUACUCUAACGCUGAAGGUUAUUUUAGAGGAGCAGCUAAGUAACACAAGACCUAAAUGGCAGAACACAAAAUAAUAAAUCAAUAGGGCGAAGCUAUUGGCCAAUAAGGUUGUAUUGAGUUCCAGGGGAAAUAAAACUUACUUGUGCUUAGAAGUAGUAAGAUGGGCAGGGAUCAAGAUGCUUAUUCACAAAGCAAAUGACUUAAGUGAGUUUAGGAGGGAAGGAUUGUGAAUAGAAUGACUUCCAAGGCAGGCAUGAGUCUGUCCUUAUCCGUAGAACAAAGCAUCACUCUUCAGUGAGAUGUUACUGUCAUACGAAUUUAAAAUGGAGAUUCAAAUGACAUGCCGAAUUAUUAAAGUACCUGGUUUAACUAUAA